UCUCACUCUCUCUCUCUUCGCACUGCAGACUUUGUUGCAGCGGUUUGUAGUCACUGUCUGCGUUCACCACAGCAGGCCUUCCACUACGUAUCAUUUACAGUGUCUGUAGGCCGGAGUGAGGACAGUUUUAAAGAAAUAACGGUCCGCGUUAAGGUUUGGCCUCAAUCCUGUUAGUGUGAACGCGCGUGAUUUUCAGCCAUGAGGACACUCUCGUCGGCGGCGUGGACGCUCCUAGCACUCUUCUCUCUGUUAGCAGUGAAAGGUCUAGGGCAGGAUUUGGACCUGUUGGAUGCUUUGGAUGACUUGGCGGCCACUCCUACUCCUAAGCCCAAACCAAAGGAGCCAGCUGGAGGAGCAGGAACAGGGGGAGACUUGGACCUUUCAGACUUUUUUGAUGAUAAACCUACCCCAAAGCCUCCUGUCCAACCAAAAGUCCCAGUCAAGCCCAAGCCCAAACCAGAUUUAGAUGAAUUUGACCUCAGUGAUGCUUUGGACCCCAGCAAUGACAUUGGAGGGAAAGGGAAAGACACUGGCAAAGGAGAUAAAGGUGUUGGAGGAGGGGGCCGAGGUGGUGGCAGACCCAGUAUCAGAGGUGGAAACGGUGGUGGUACCUUUACAGAUGAUGACCUUCUGGAUGUGGGAAGUGAUGACAGCUACAAACCUGACAAAGGCAAAGGUGGGCGAGGAGCUGCAAACAGUGGUGAUUUGGACUCUACUGAUAAUGGUGAUUAUGACACUAUGGCAGAGACUGGUACCAUUGCUGGCAUUGUAAGCGCUGUUGCUAUGGCACUGGUUGGUGCAGUCAGCAGCUACAUCUCCUACCAGAAGAAGAAGUUCUGCUUUAGCGUACAGCAGAGUCUGAAUGCAGACAUGGUUAAGACAGACAAUCCAGAAGCUGUUGUGGCCCAGGAACCUCAAGUUCAACAAACUCUACUCCAGCCCGCUAAUGCUGAGCCACCUGCAGAAGAUAAUGCAGUGUAACCUGUACUGCAUCUUCCAGUCUGAGGAGGGUGCAGUGAUAAAUAUGAAUGCCCUCCUGAUGGGGAAAACACCAUCUUUCCCAGCCUGCACCUGCUAACCCACUCUUUUUUUGAACUACCCAUUCAGCUUUCUCAUCUAGUCAGACUUUCUGUAAAUAUCAUAUUUAUUUAACUGUUUGCCUUCAUCACAAGUAAUAUAUGACUGUUUACAAUAUUAUUCCUAUGAAGUGGGAAAUUCUGCAAAAAUGAAGAAAAGUGCUAUUGCAAGAGGAUUUGUGUACUUUGUUCCAGACAAUUUAAUACUUUUAUUACAGCUGCCCUAAAUCCGCUGGCUUCACAUAUGAGUGCGACACUGUCACUGUGUAACUAAGGUGUUUAAUCCAUAUCUGGUUUACGCAAAUGUUGUAGAAGGUGACUGAAUAACUAAUAUUAAUAUACAUUGAUCUGAAAUCCACUUCCAUAGGAAAAACUUUGCAAAUGGGUUAUUGAUGGAGGUGACCUUAACCCCCAAUUGCUAACGAUUUAUUACCUUUUAAUGCACACUCUUGUCACAAUUUCAAAUGUUUUUACAUGAUCUGUAUAUAUUUGCCCUGCUUUUACACAUAGUGUGAAGUGAUUGUUGUACAUAAGCAGGUUUUUGUGUCCUAGAAUCUUAACUAGUUUCUAGUGAAGCUACAAAAAAAAAAAAAACAGACUGACACUGAUGUCAAACUCUAACCUACAGCUGCUCACGUUUUCAUUUGCAUUUUAAGUAACUGGAAAUUACCUGUGUGAAAAGUUGAUUGUGUUGAAGAAACUGUGUUGAGUCUUGCUAACUAAGCUUUGUUUUCGUGUGUUUUGAUGAUCAGUACACCAAUGGUAGCAGUUCAUGUUUUUAAGAAAUAGGUGAGUUGAAUAUGAAGAAGAUGCCUAGGUAGGCUUGUAUGAAUUAGGCCUAAGAGAAGGAAUACAUAGACGCCGAGGUCAAUCUUAAAUGUUUGUGCUGACAGUACUCGAACAGCUUAUUACGUUUUUGUAUCCCUUAUGGAAUUUGCCUUUUUGGGACUUUUUAAAGAUAUUGUGCUUGUAAAUUGUGUAUUGCGUGUAUUCAAGUUUGUACUCGAAUGGUCAUAUCAGUGUAUCCUUAUACACACUUGUAGCAGUAUAUGUAUGGAGGUAUUUGUGUCCCCCACUCUUCCCGCUUUACUAGAAUGGGGUUGUCUUAACUUAGCGGUCAUAUUAUUAGUGGAGCGUUUGGACUUAGCUUUUUGUCUUUUUAAUCCUAGUACAAUCUGUUGCACCCUUCACAGUCUUGCUGUUGCCUUACGGAAUUUUCGGCUGUGUUCCAAUUUGCGUGUUUGGUCCUUUCACAAGAUCCAUGUGAUUGAGAAGACCUUUCGUAGUUCAUUUGUGUUGAAUGGCUCUUUUCCUUAGCUUUACUUAACCGUGAAGACCAGAGGGCUCAUUUUGAAGAGAAACGAAGCAAAAAGUUAAUUGGAGCACAGCCUAAAUUUGCCCUAUUUUCCUUCCCGAGAUUUCCCAGCUUUCUCUGUCACCUGUCACCUCCUUUUUGUCAUGCUCCGUUCUGAUGCACCUUCUCUAUCUUCUUAGCCACUUCCUGCUGGUGCUUUCCUUUUUUAUGCCUUACCCUGUACACAGGGGGAAAAACAGCACUAACGCAGAAGGGAAUACAGUACUGACUGCAGUUGAAUGUGUCCAAACCAGAUGUGUGUGGUUGAACUCUUGGUAGGACAUUCCAACAUGUCACAGAAGAACACAGAUCCAACAACCCAAAUAUUCUCUUUCUGCAAGAUUACAGUUAGAAUAGAAAGAUCUGAACAUCAACCACUUGCUGUUGCUCUAAUACUCCUGCUUGAAUACGGCUACCUUUUGCACUGCACUGACAGUCACGUCCUAUCAAGGGUUCCGUUCCAUAUCCAUGGUUUCUAACUAACAAACAGAAUGUCUGCUGAAUGUAACUUUUUCCUGCGCUGCCAUUUUGUUUGUUAGGUUUACCACUUAGAUGUAGCAUCUUGGGAGCUACUUAUGGCAGAAAUGCAGAACACCAAAGAUAUGGUAAUGAGGGAGUGAUCUUGUCCCUUUGCAUGUGCUUUGACUAGCUGGUGACUGUUCAGAUAAGAGUUGGUUUGUAGCAAAAUUUCAAAUUCACAAAUGCCUUGACCACUUACUCGAAUUUUUAACAACAAAUUUGACAGUGUUUGUUCUUCAUAAUUUGACUGUUAUAACCGGCGGAUUCGACCAUCCUUCGUGAACUGUGGCUUAAUCUAUGAAACGAGAUUACGUAUUCCAUAUAGGUCAUGAGUCGGACGUUGCAUCUAGUCUGUAAGGAAUUCUGGGCUUUCUUGUGUCAUUUAGAUACAAACCGCAACGCUCUUCAAAAAAGGGUGAAAACACAGAUGCAUGCUUUGGUUAUCUAGCUAUAGACAACAUUUUUUCUUGCGUACUUGGUUGACUUCUGAAGUUUGGACGAGUUUUAUAGUGAGAGAGUUUUUUGGAUUUGCACUGCCAGUGAUGUGAUUGUAUGUAAGCAUUACAACACCUAUGCUGCAGAUCAGACUGUAAUGCUGUACGGUAGACUUUGUGUUGUGGGAUUACUGCACUGUCUUUGACCUUGACCAGAUUUGAUUUUCUGCAUGGAGUCUCACUGCGAUCAUCAGUGCCUGUUCUGCUCUGUUCAGGUCAGACUGUUGCACCCACACUCACCCCCGAGUGAAGGCCAGAGUUAGUUAAGAUCUAUCGACAAUCUUCACUGUUAAAACUGUCACGUUUCUACUGUUUUUUAGCACUACAGAUCUGUUCUCAAAUCUCCUUAUCUCACUGGCAAUUCCUGAUAGAAAGAGAUUAAUGUGAACAAAAAAACAAUAAAAUGGACUGAAAUUA